AUGUCCCAAGCUGGAAGGUGGAGAGAGAAGUGGACACCCCCAGGGCUCUGGGCCACCCUCAGGAUGACAUCUCGGGAGCAGCUGAUACAGCAGGUGCUCCAGGAACUGCAGGAGGCGGUGGAGUCCGAGGGCCUGGAGGGCCUCGUCGGUGCUGCUCUGGAAGCCAAGCAGGUCCUGUCCUCCUUCACUCUCCCCACCUGCCGGGAGAAAGGCCCCAGCCGCCAGGUGCUGGAGGUGGACUCGGUGGCUCUGAGCCUGUAUCCAGAGGAUGCUCCCCGGAACAUGCUGCCGCUGGUGUGCAAGGGCGAGGGCAGCCUGCUGUUCGAGGCGGCCAGCAUGCUACUGUGGGGGGACGCAGGCCUCAGCCUGGAGCUGCGGGCCCGCACUGUGGUGGAGAUGCUGCUGCAUAGGCACUACUACCUGCAGGGCAUGAUCGACUCCAAGGUGAUGCUGCAGGCCGUGCGCUACUCCCUCUGCUCGGAGGAGUCCCCUGAGAUGACCAGCCUGCCGUCUGCCACGCUGGAGGCCAUCUUCGAUGCGGACGUCAAGGCCACCUGCUUCCCUAGCAGCUUCUCCAACGUGUGGCACUUGUACGCCCUCGCCUCCAUCCUUCAGCGCAACAUCUAUUCCAUCUACCCCAUGCGCAACCUCAAGAUCCGGCCCUACUUCAACCGCAUCAUCCGGCCCCGCCGCUGUGACCACAUGCCAGCCACACUGCACAUCAUGUGGGCAGGCCAGCCCCUCACCAGCCAUCUCUUCCGCCACCAGUACUUUGCCCCUGUGGUGGGACUGGAGGAGGUGGAGGCUGAAGAUGCGACCAGCCUGGCCCCGGCUCCUCAGGCCCCAGCUCCUCUGCCGCCACCGGCCAAGACUCUGGAGCUGCUUAGCCAGGAACGUGGCCUCAGCUACUCCCACCUCUGUGAACACUACAGCGUCACCAAGAGCACCUUCUACCGCUGGCGGCGGCAGACCCAGGAGCACCAGCAGAAGGUGGCCACCCUCUACUCGGCCAAGCACGUCCUGCAGGAGAGCGUCCGCUGCGGGGGCAUCAUGUCGCUGCAGCAGUUUCUCCAGAGGUUCCCCGAGAUCUCCCGUUCCACUUAUUAUGCCUGGAAGAACGAGCUGCUGGGCACUGGCGCCUGCCAGUCCCUGGCCCCCAAAGAGGGACUGGAGGACCUGGAGAAGCUGCCAGAGGAGCAGGUUGCCAAAGGGCUGGGGUGCUCCAUGCUGGCUGAGGCCAGCCCUGCAGUGGUCCUCAUGCAGCGGGCCAAGUUGUACCUGGAGCACUGCAUCUCCCUGAACACACUGGUGCCCUAUCGCUGCUUCAAACGCAGGUUCCCCAGCAUCUCCCGGUCCACCUAUUACAACUGGCGCCGGAAGGCCCUUCGGAGGAACCCCAGCUUCAAGCCAGCCCCGGCCCUCUCCACAGCCCAGGCUCCCCAGCCUGCAUCUGUUGGGGAAGAGGCCCUGCUCCCUGAGAAGGGUGAGGUGGGAGAGGGGGCGGGGAAAGCAACAGAUCGGGGACCACCCGCCCCCCGGGAGUUCCUGCCCCCGAGGAUGCCCCUGUCCCGUUGGCAGAGGCGACUGCGCAGGGCUGCCCGCAAGCAGGUGCUCAGUGGGCACCUCCCCUUUUGUCGUUUUCGCCUCCGCUACCCCAGCCUGUCUCCCUCCACCUUUUGGGUCUGGAAGAGUCUCGCCCGGGGUUGGCCUAGAAGCCUGUCCAAACUCCAGAUGCAGACCCCUACCUUGGGCAAUGGUGGGGUACAGGAGGCAGAGGAGAGGCGAGAGAAAGAAGCUGGCAGGAACGUGAUAGCUGCCGUGGCCCCAGCUGCGGGGCCCCCGAAGGUGGCGGCUUCUCCAGGAAAGGAUCCAGAGAAGGCCCAAGGGGGACCUUCCAGAGAGAAGAUUCUGCAAGAGGGGGCCACGGCCCAGCAAAGGCCCCACAGUGGAUCCUGGGCGAGCCCCCCGGCGGCGGUGGCAGGGGUGGGGGUGGCGGGCAGUAGGGACAGCCAGGUGCUGAUGAUGGACAUGCUCGCCUCCACAAAGUUCAAGGCUCAGGCCAAGCUGUUUUUGCAGAAGUGCUUCCAGUCCAAGAGCUUUCCCUCCUACAAGGAGUUCAGUGCCCUCUUCCCCUUAACUGCCCGCUCUACCUACUACAUGUGGAAGCGGGCCCUGUACGAUGGCCUUACCCUGAUUGAUGGCUGA